GGGGCGUGUCAGCCAAUGAGCGCCAGGGGCGGGUCCCGGUGGGAGCUGGCAGCAGGUUGGGAGCCUUUAUUGUGGCUGAGCAGCGGAGGCAGCCAGAGCGCGGCGGCUGCUGCGAGAAUGGAUCGCGUGGCCCUUUCUUCCUCCUCCUCCUCCUCUUCUCCUGCAGCGAAGCGCCAGGCGGUGAAGCGGCACUACCACAAGCACAACCUCCGCCGGCACUACGAGUUCCUGGAGACGCUGGGCAAAGGCACCUACGGGAAGGUCAAGAAGGCCAGGGAGCGCUCCGGGAAGAUGGUUGCUAUCAAGUCUAUCCGGAAAGAUAAAAUAAAGGAUGAGCAGGACCUUAUCCAUAUCCGGAGAGAAAUAGAAAUAAUGUCUUCCCUCAAUCAUCCCCAUGUCAUUGCUGUUCAUGAAGUAUUUGAAAACAACAGCAAGAUUGUUAUUGUGAUGGAAUAUGCUAGCAAGGGGGAUCUCUAUGAUUACAUUGCUGAGCGCCAGAGACUUACUGAGCAGGAAGCACGGCACUUCUUUAGGCAGGUGGUAUCUGCUAUCUACUACUGUCACAAGAAUGGAAUAGUUCACAGAGAUCUGAAGCUUGAGAACAUACUGCUGGACGCAAAUGGUAACAUCAAGAUUGCAGAUUUUGGCCUCUCCAAUGUCUUCCAGCAAGAUCGGCUCCUGCAGACUUUCUGUGGGAGCCCCCUCUAUGCAUCCCCUGAAAUAGUCAAUGGAAGGCCUUACAAAGGACCUGAGGUUGACAGCUGGUCCCUUGGUGUGCUCCUCUAUAUUUUGAUUCAUGGUGCGAUGCCUUUUGAUGGUCAUGAUUACAAGACUCUGGUCAAGCAAAUCACAAGUGGGGACUACAGAGAACCCACCAAACUUUCGGAUGCCUGUGGCCUAAUCCGAUGGAUGCUAAUGGUGAACCCAGAACGCCGAGCGACCAUUGAAGAUAUUGCCAGCCACUGGUGGGUGAACUGGGGCUACAAGGUGCCAAUUGGGGAACAGGAGUCCUCGCAUGACAAUGAGUCAUCAUUAGCCACUGUGGCAGAGUGGUUGCGCCGUUCCUCUAGACCUCUCUUUGAAAAUGGCUCCAAGGUACGCUGCUUCUUCAAGCAACACAUCCCAGGUGUCACACUGGAGAGACAGCGCUCACUAAAGAAGUCAAAGAAGGAGAAUGACAUCUCUCAUGCGCUGCAAGAGACUGGCCCUCCUCCAGAGAACCCAUCCAAAUCUAUCCUGAAGAGACCCAAAGGCAUCUUGAAGAAGAGAAAUUCCUGUGAGAAGGCCCAAGUUUCUCCUCCUCCAGCAACAGCAGGUCCUGUUGACUCAUGGAACGAGGAGAAUACAGGAUCUACUAUGGACCUGGCUUGUGUCUUAUCAUCCAGAGCCUUAGCCUGCAAGGUAGAAGGUGUUGUAGCCACCCCUCCCAUGCCCAAGAAGGGAAUCCUGAAGAAGCCUCAGAAGAGGGAGUCUGGCUAUUAUUCUUCCCCAGAGCGUAGUGAAUCCACAGAGGUCUUAGACUCUAAAAACCUGGAUCUUGAUGCCAGUGCCUUUGCUGGCAAUCCUUCAUCUGCUCCCACCUCUGGAGAUGCUCAUGCCAGACGAAAAGGAAUCUUGAAGCACAAUGGCAAGUUCUCCUCUAGCAGCACUGAGUCUGAAGGUGUGCCUGCCAAGGUCUUCUCCACUUUUGUAGAGAUCACCUUGCCCAAAAUGCCGAUGGCCUCCCGUAAUCGUCCAUCCAGUGCUGUGAGCGAGGAUAGUAUUCUCUCCUCAGAGUCCUUUGACCAGCUGGACUUGCCUGAUCGACUGCAAGCAAGUGGAGGAGCACCUAUGCGUGCAGCCAUCUCUGCAGAUGAUCUGCUGCAGUUAGAGGAGGCAGAGGGGGAGAUGGGGGCUCGCCGGCUCCGCCGUUGGACAGUAACCCAGUGCCAAAAUCCCCUGGUGGAUAGCUGCUUCUCUCUGACAGACUGUGAUAAUGUCACUGAAGUCUACAAGCGGGCUGUGGCUAUGAGCAUGAAACUGAGCUGAAGAGCCAGUUGCUACCAAGGCCACCAAGGGACCUUAGAUAAUCAGUGCACAGACAUGCCGAGAGAUCUUGCAGUUCUGAUUCUGUGCUCAGACAGAACGGCAUAGUCCAAACUAUUUGCACUUCCCUUUGGGGUGGACAAGAGGGCUCUCAGCAGCCUGUGUCUUCUCCCUGACAGAGCAGGAAGUGCAAUUGGCUAGAACUAUUUAUUUUGUUGCUUACUUCUUGACUCUUCCUGGAAUGUAAAGAAGUGAAUGCUCCAUGUUCUAACAAUGGCUUGUAAAAGUGGUACAACAGGGUAUGGGCAUGUGUUUGGAAAGAAGAAAAAGCUAUGUUCAUAGAAAGCUGAUGGAGGUAGGAAAUGGGUUAAGGGCAGUGCGGUGGGGCUGGAGAGAUGGGGAAGGAUCUGUAAUCUAUAUGGGGAUGGACUAAAACUGAUAGAAGAAAAAAAGGUAAAACAAUUAUUUACCAGCAAAGGAACAGUAAGUUGAAGAUUUAAUUGAUAGAGUCCUGGAACACCUUCAUCUCUCCAAACAGACCCUGAUGAUCACCUUUAAUCCUAGGGAUUAGGGUGGUUAUUUUGUUUGCACUGUGCUUCUAUAAUUGCACAAAAUUGGUAAGAGAGGUAGAAAUGCCUCUGAAGAGGAACAGUGUUGUGGCAAGAUGAUGAAAAUGAAACAGCUAUUGGCUGAAAAACUUGAUUGCAUUUUGGUGGGGAGUGUCUGCACUAUAGUUUCAAACAGUGGUCCAACUAUCUUGCUAUUCUCAGGCCAAAAAGCUCUGGUGGAGAGGGGGAAAUCCUGCUAACCCAGCAUCUUCCAUAUUACCAACAUCCAGCACUUCUUCAGGUGAGCCACAGCAGUUAACUGAAAACUUGAAAGACCAGUUGCAGUCAGAUUCAGAUGUGUGUUGGAAAAAUUAGACUCAAGAGAGCUAAAGAUUGCUUCUAUGCACUUCUCCCAAAAUAUUGAAGUUUGAUAGAUCUACAGCUGUGAUUGUUGUAGUAUUUGGAUUUUGUAGAAAAGAAACUUUUCUCAAGCCAGCAAAUCACAGCAGCUGUAACAUCUUCUAAGACCCAUAAGUGGUUUGUUCUGGAAUGCAUCUUGACCAACAAUUUCAAGGGAAGAAGGGUCAGUGAGACCAAAUAGAAACCCUUGAUUGGGAUCAGGGGAACUGAGCUGGGAUUUACAUUGUAGGCACGAUGGGCUUUUAAAGAAAUAGGUGUCUGGUCCUUCUAUAACAAGAUAUAUGUAUGUGCCUUUAAAAAGAAAUUUUGGACUUUGGCUUAGAUCCUAAAAUAAAUUAAAGAAGUUCAUGGGGGGAAGACUUCCAGUAGCUGCCUUCCCCCAUCUCACCCCCUCCCAGGCCCCUGCCUCCAGUCUCACAACCAGCUUUGUUGCUCUUUGGGGCAAUGGGGGGUGGCUUUUCAUAUGUGAGGUGGAGUGACUGGGAGUGCGGGGGGGGGGGACGGGACAGGAAACCCUACUUCCAUGUACGUGGUGAUAAAGUUACCUUAUGAUCCAAGCCUCUUUGUGUUGCCUUGAUGUCUGUUACCUUGUCCCAAUGAGAUUUUUUCCCCUUUAAGUAUUUUAAAAUACUGCCUUUCCGAGUAAUAUGAGCUAUUUGACAAAUGUUUUAAAAGCUGGUUGAAGAUUUUUAAAAAAAGAACUAGGGUGACUUCCUAAAUAGAAAGAAAGUGGUCUGCAAAACAUCUCCCCCUUAUAAGAUUUUGGAUUUAAAACACCUGUUGCACUAUCUUGCCAUGUCUUCUCUGGUUGGCUCACUCAAGGACUGUGUUGUUGUUAAUUUGUCCCACCAGAGAAGUUAAUUUAAGUUAAGCAAAAUAAGACAUGAACACUCUUAUCUGUGCAGCUCUUCUUUUUGUAAACUGAUAUUGUGGUUAUGAAAGAAAAAAUAAAAUAAAGAGAAUAAAAUUUAAA